AUGACAGAACUCGUCGGUAACUGGCUCCGCUUUACGACUCAACAACCGAAACGAAAGCGCGCUGAGGCCGUCUGUUUCUUUUGUCAUUCUAAAAAAAUCAAAUGUGAUCUGCAGAGCCGAAGCUCACAGGGCCAUACGCGAUGCUCCAACUGUGACAACCAGGACCAGGACUGCCAUCAAAGGCCGUCUAAGAGAGGCAGGCAGCGCCGCAGAGCGCCCACUCAAGCAGAACGUGGUACUGAGUCUGAAAUCAUUGUCCAGGGUGGGGACGAUGUGGGAGAAGACAGAUCAGAACCGCCCAAUGCUACAAUCAUCGAGUUUGGAAACGAUGUAAUAGAUCAAGGAAUGGUCGAGUCACCAGCCUCUGCAGUUGCCUCAACACCAAGGGUAGUAUUUGCUCUGCCCCCAACUGAGCCUCCUCCCGAAGUCGCCAUCACUCAGCCGACCCAAGCGGACACUUCACCAACAGAAGGUGCCGGCCGCAGUCAUGCAGGCGAUGUCGAUACCGGAUUCCUCCAAAUCUACGGGCCUGAGAACCAACUCGAGGCCGAGCAGCAAGAGCUAGUCGCCAAUCUCGAGCUUCGAAAUCCAGCAUCGGAUCCCCGACAGCAAGAGCUUCAACAAAGCUUUUCCGAGACGUAUUUCGAAUACUGUUACCCGUGGUGUCCCGUUCUUGAUCGCCAGACACUCGAGUCCGAACUUGAGAGGUCUCCCAUGCUUGCGAAUGCCCUUGCACUUGCUGCAAGCCAUAUACAACCCCCUCUGAUCCCUCACGAAGGGCCGGCUUCAUACUAUAAGAAAGCGAGAAUGAUGUUCUAUGAGGAUGAAGAGCCGGAUAUACUUACGGCACUCAAAGCCAUUUCUCUGUUCUACUGGUGGGCGCCUCGUUCACCUGCUACAGCUCAUCGCCAUGCGUCUUGGUGGUGGACUUCUGUCAUCAUAAGGCAUGCACAACAGAUGAACAUUCAUCGUGAACCUCAAGGAGACUCGACAGUAUCUAGUGAGCUUCAUCUCAGCCUAAGGAGGCGGUUAUGGUGGACUGUGUUUGCACGCGAGCGACUCACAUCUCUUUGUCAGAGCAAACCAUGCAUCAUCUGCCCAGAAGACAUGACGAUCAAGGAAGUUCAGCCGGCCGACUUCCCAAGCGAUCCCGCAUCACAGAAGAAAGGCCGUAUCUUCAAGUAUUGGGUUCGUCUCAGUGGUAUUAUGGGAAAAGUCUCUAAGGCGUUGUCGAUGUCGGUGGACUCGACCUCUGCUCCUUUUCCCACAGAACUGAGACAAGAGCUCGUCGAAUGGGUUCAGUCAUUACCUCCAGACCUUCAGCUUCCAAUUGGAUCAAGCCGUACUGAAUCGUUUGAUCGCGACGUCCAUCAACUGCACCUUCCCUACCUCACGACCAUUAUUGUUAUGCAUCUCCAAAGGACGACCCCGGAUCUACCACAAGCUCUUCCGCCAGCCAUUUUGGCUGCUUCGUGUAUUGCCAGGAUUCUUCGGGAUAUCUUAUCUCGCGGAAAUGCACGUUUUCUCAUGGCCAUUACAUGCUGGUACUGUGGCACAGCUUUUAUUGCCCUUCUCCAAGCGACUCGAAUCAAGCAGUUCUCAAAGGAAGCUGAAGAUGGUCUGGAUAUAUUGGACCAGGCAGUCGGUCAGCUUCAGCUUAUGUGGGCAUCUGCCAACACCAUACGACAAGGCUUUGAAAGACUCCGUGCGUUACCUCGCACCAUGAUGCACCCUGGCAGAAGCAGAGCCAGUGAGCCGGGUGAUCCGUAUAGCGGUACUCGAGGAGCGUCAAGCACGUCAAACGACUUUGACUGGCCACGCCUGUUUCCAUUUGUGACGAGAUCGACUAGUCGGAUCGCAGAUUGUCUUCUCGCCGAUAAUGAGUUUGGCACCACGAAUACCGCCCUACCUUCACCAGAGAAUGCGAUAUUCCACGAAGAUUUACUCAACCGGUAUCAGGAUUUAUUGGAACCUUUUAUUGAUUAUAACUUCGAUUUCUCGAAUAUCAACUUAGACAUUUUGUAG